AUGAUCGAACCCAUUCUGGAAACACUCCUCGCCAGCCUGGCAGUACGACCCGCUCGGACAGCAGACCCCGUUCUUCGGCAUGCACUUCUUCUCGCCACAAGGCACCUCGCCAAGGUCACAAGUGAUCUCAUCGCCGCAGACGUGUCCAAUGGGACAGCACCCGUCGGCGACGCAAGAAUUGCCCUGCUUGCAGUAUCCCCCGCCGCCGUCGGUGCAGCACACUCCCACGGAGGGCAUGCAGCCGUCGUUGCAGACUACCUCGCCGGGACGGCAUUGGGCGGCGGUGACGACGGCGGAGGCGUCUUGGAAGUGGGAGGACGGCGAGAGUUGGGCGAGGAGGCGUGCGGGAGGCUUACGCGAGAAGAGGUUUGUGGCGGCGAGAGUUGGGGAUGA